AUGACUGACAAUCUCCCAGGCAAGCAAUGGCACGAAAACAAGAAGGCCUUCCGCCCUACAGCAGGCCAGACAUCGUACGCAAAGCGCCAGGCCAAGGACCAAGCACUCGCCGUUGUAAAAGCACAAGAGAAGGAGAUGAAGGAAGAGAAGGAGGCCGAGCGUCAGGUUAGACACUGCCAGAGGACAUGUUUAGAAGCUGCAACUAACAUAAGGACAGAGACGCAUCACGGCACUCAAGGAGAAGCGCGAGGCAAAGGAAGAGAAGGAGCGCUACGAGAAAAUGGCUGCCAAGAUGCACCAGAAGAGAGUCGACAGACUGAAGCGCAGAGAGAAGAGAAACAAGCUUCUCAAGUCGUAGAGAAACUUCAAGUGGAGGACGGAGAAGGCGUGAAGAGGGCAAGGCACACAAGCAUUGAAAGAUACCCUGGCUGCAUAUUCAUGGCGUUUUUGGCGUGGACAGGAUCUGGAAGAGGACAGCAAAUGCAUCUACCAUUUUACUUUUCGAGAAAUGUUCCUUCCGCUUUUUGA